ACCGCAAGUAUGGGUUUGAAAACGAUCAUCGAAAAUGCACGAGCAAGCAAUGCUACUGCAUUAGACCUCAAUGAGCAAGGGUUGAAGCAUCUUCCCGCGGAAUUGUUGGAGGUUGAAUCUCUGACCCGACUCAACUUGGCUCAUAACCGGCUGACUGAUGUAUCGGAAAACAUUGUCCGUCUCAAAAACCUCGAGAUGCUCACUGUGUUUGGGAAUAAGCUGGGUGAACUGCCCAAAACAAUUAACGGUAUAAGAACGCUAAAGUUUUUGACGGCAAGUCACAACUUUAUCUAUGAACUUCCGCAGGGUUUUGGAAGUUGUCCCAGUCUGGUGUUUUUGGAUAUGAGUUGUAACCAGCUCAAAGAACUAUCGCCAAAUUUUGGGUUCUUGACAACGCUUCGAUCCCUCCAUCUGUCUGACAACCAUCUUGAGACAUUACCCGCAGAAAUUGGCAAAUUGACACAACUCGCAACUCUUGUUCUCUGUAACAACGACCUGACCUCCCUUCCCGACGAGAUUGGUAACCUCCAGUCUCUAAAAUACUGUCUCCUCCAAGGCAACAAGCUCAAGUCACUUCCAAAGAGCUUUGCCACCAUACCGCUGGAAAGCGAAGGAUCGGUGUUAAAGCUGUACAAAAAUCCUUGGUACCCGUUUCUGGCUGAUAUAUUGGAAGACAACAAUGUACAGGCGUUCCUUGAUGUGAUGAGAUCUGAUUCGUACCAGGAUAAAGUCAAAGAGGCUGAAGCCAAGAAAUCAAAGAAAUAACUACCGUAGACCUAUGGAGUUGUGUAUGUAGGAUGAGCAAUCCCAAGCUUUUGACAUUCUAUCCAUGGAUCUCUGCUAAGGGCAGCAUAAAACCCACUCUUAUUUCUGGGAGAUGGACUUGGAAAUGCUUAAUAUUUAUCAACCCAAUCUGCACUGCUA